AUGGCGGUCUUCGUUGACCAGCAACGGCCAUGCCGUAUCAUGAACAUCAGCGGGUCGCCCGCCGACCGACGCGAUGUUCUUGCCCUGUACGCAGCUUCUGAAGAACCAGUAGACGUCUUUGUGGGAGACUGGAUGAGCGAACUCAAUAUGCCCAGUCGCGCGUAUAGUGUGGCCAAUGGUUUAGGUGUUGGGUACGAAGAAACCUUCAUUGAAGCUCUCGAGCCUGCUCUGGAGGACCUUGCCCGGCGAAAGAUCAAGCUAGCAGCUAACGGCGGCACGGUGGCCACUAAAGAGCUUUUCGAAGUGGUAGUCCAACUCGUCGAGAAGAAGGGCCUGGACCUUUGCGUGGCGUGGGUAGAAGGCGACCUUGUCAUGGACAAGGUUGAGGCGUUGAAGAAAGAGGGCACAACCUUUAAACACAUCUCCACAGGCGAAAUGCUCGACGAUUGGGAGUACAAGCCGCUGUUCGCUCAGUGUUACCUUGGAGGGAUGGGCAUCGCCGAGGCCUUCAGAGCUGGCGCAGAUCUUGUCAUAUGCGGCCGUGUUGCUGAUGCAGCGCCAAUUGUAGGGAGUGCUGCUUGGUUUCAUAAUUGUUUGUUAACAUUUACUGGGUCACGCACCGAUUUCGACCAGUUGGCUCGAUCUCUCAUUGCGGGCCAUCUGAUUGAAUGUUCUACUUACGUGACAGGGGGUAACUACACUGGUUUCAAGGGGAUGGACUGGAAAAAUCUCGACAACUUUGGCUACCCUAUCGCUGAGAUCGAUGCUACUGGAGAUGUUGUUAUUACUAAACCGGAGGGUACUGGUGGAGUUGUGAACGUCGAGACCUGCAAAGAGCAGCUGCUCUACGAGAUCCAGGGGAAAUGGUAUCUUAACUCGGAUGUGACUGCUGUCAUAGACGCAGCCCACUUCGAAGAGAUCGGGAAGAACCGAGUUCGGCUGUCCGGCAUCACUGGGCGCCCUCCUCCUCGUACAACCAAGGUUGGUCUGACGGCAUUCGGUGGCUACAAGGCCGAGGUUCACUGGGCCUUGAUCGGCUUGGACAUCGAGGAGAAGGUAAAAAUGUUGGAGAUUCAAAUGAAGGCAAGUUUUGGAGUAGAGAGGCUGAAGAAGUUUACCACCUUCAAUCUGACGACUUAUGGGUCGGUACCAGCAAACCCGACCAACAUGAACGCCGCAACAGUCGACUUGAGAUUAAUGGUGCAAGCACACAACGAGGAGGACCUCUCAGAUGAGAACUUUGCACGGCCAGCCUUUGACAUUAUCAUGGCCAGCUUCCCUGCCGCCACAUUCCAUCCAGACAAACGUACAGCUACACCCAUGGCAUACCAGGAGUAUUUUCCAACACUGAUUCCGCAGCCAGCAGUGUCGGUCCACUUUUCCAAACCCGGGAUGAAGAGUAUCUCGAUUCCGCCCCCGGAGGAGACAAUUGAGCACCCGGAGAUCCAGCCGUCUUAUGAAACGGCAAAUGCAAUACCUUUAGAGGCCUUUGGACCGACCGUAAAGGCGCCGCUGGGUUACCGUGUCCUGGCCAGGGCAGGUGACAAGGGCUCAAAUUGCAAUGUUGGGUUCUUCGUUCGUGACGAGUCUGAGUGGCCAUGGUUGCAGUCCUUCUUCACAACGGCAAAGUUCAUCGAGUUGAUGGGAGACGAGUAUCAUGGCCAGAAGAUCGACAGGAUGGAGUUUCGAGGCCUUUGGGCGGUGCAUUUCCUUGUGAAAGACUUCCUCGACCGUGGAGUCACUGCGAACGCAACGUACGACGUUCUUGGAAAGUUCCUAGCCGAAUUUAUCAGGGCCAGAUUUGUGGAUAUGCCGAUACAAUUCUUGAUGAAAGGCAAGAUCUGA